GAGAGGGAAGAGAAGCGGGACACGGUUCACUGUAGUCGCAUUAAGUAGGGACAAUUGGCGAAAAAUGACUAGCAUUUCGUUGCUUGGGGCGCAUGUUUUCAUGACUGUUUAUCUACUCUUCCUGAUGGGAUGCGUUGCACAGAAAGUAUACUUUGACUGCGGCGCCAAGGUGGAUGUGGUGGAUGCACAAGGACUGAUACUCUCUCCCGGCUUCCCAUACAACUACUCUUCUGGGACCCACUGUGUUUGGCAGUUCUUUGUACCUGUGGAUUAUCAACUUAUCCUUGAGAUAUUUGACUUUGAUGUGUUUGAAAGCCACGAGUCUUCCGCACAGUACUCGGUGAUUUCCAGUAAUGAUGAGGAUGAUGGAGAAGACGAGUUGACUUACGCCCCCAACAGUUUUUCAGCGGAUGAGCCUUCAUCAGAAAAUAUUGAUCAGAUCGAUCAGAGGGAUGCCCCAAAGAUUCAGCGAUCCUCUCAAGACAGCGAGGUGGAGCCAGAGGUGGUACACCAACAGUCAGCAAAAGUCUCAAACUCAGCCAAAAGAUCUAUAGCUCGUUCCUCUGGCCGUACAUCUCCACCGACCGCUUCUCUUCUCCUUACUGGAGCCAUGUUAAAUUCAGAUAAAGCUCUCAACACGGCCGCCUUUUCCCAUCUUGGCAUCGACAUCAACUCUAGUUCCAUUCCAAGCGUGACUAUGGCAACCGCAGUUGCUUUGCCACAAUCCGCUGAAACUGACACUACACCUGUGAGCCCUGAAACGCAGCAGUUGGGGCUUGACGCCUGUCCCCAUGAUGUUCUCUAUAUCUCAGAUCUCAUCACCUUUUCCUCAAGGUUCUGUGGAUCAAACCGACCUCUGAGCAGCCAGUUGGUGUUUGGCUCUAGUCAGGAAAUGGUGGAGGUAAUCAUGGAGCUCAUCACGACCACGCAUUGGGGCCGGGGCUUUGCCCUUCUCUUCCACUACAACAAUCUGACCAAGUCAGGUGGCGAACGAAGAAGCUUUGUUUCUACAUCUGCCAAUGUAGACUCUGUACUGGCUGCUGUGAGUGGAGCUGCCUUCUUCGCUUUGACACUCACCAGUGUUCUCUGCGUCAUAUUCAGACCCAAACUGUGUCUGAAAAGAGAGAGCUCCUGUGCAUCCACCAGCCCUGAGGUGCCAGAGGCAGUUCAGAACAUGAGGGUGGAGGUAAGUGAGCUCCAACCGAUGGCUGAGAGUCAGACCAACCAGGAGGUUAUCAGGGAUCAGGAAAACAAGUACAGCCCACCACACACAGUGAGUGCUGUUGGUGACAAGUCCCAGAAUACGGAAUUGGACCUUUCCUCCAAUGGUUUGGCGGAGCUUGAUUUCGGUCCAGAUGAGGUGUUCAUCAUAUCGUCAGGCCCGAGCCCAAAAAGGCCAUCCUUCUUGCAAGACAGCUAUCAAAGGGAGCGGUUCCUGAGGCUCAGUGACACCGGUCCCGGUCCUGUUGGCGACUGGCUCCCGCCUGACUCUACCACCUCACCUUCUGGUCCCACCAUUGAUGGAAGUGGCAGCUGCGCCAGACCCAGAGCAUGGAGCGUACGCACCUUCCAGGAAUUCCUCCCUCCACUGCCGCAGCUCCAUAAGAAAUGGUGCAGCUGGAACUCGACCAGUCCCUUCACCAAGCUAAUAGACAGCGCACCUCCCGGUUUGGGAUCUGAUAACAGGAAGGUUUUCUCAGCUGUUCACCUGGCGGCCAAGACCGAACCAAGCACCAUCUCCGACUCUUCCAUCAGUAAUGCUUCCUAUCCACUUGCUCAGGCCGCCCAGAGGCAGCGGCGUCUGAACUCGGCAAGCAACCUGCGGCGCUCCCGCUUCGCGGGGCCUUGUUUUGGUCUGCUCUCUGGGACGGCAGUGCCUACCAAGACCACCGGUCUCAAUCACACGCAGAGCUCCGAAGCAGAACCCAACUCUGUUUCUUCUUCCGCCAUCCAGGCUGACAUUGAGAGUCACCAGGCAACAAAAAGAUGUGAUUUCCCAGGUGAGGCCGAUCACUUGAAUGUACCUGUGUUUGCUAUCUCUGAGGAAGAGGACCGGCAGCCUCUGGUCUCAGCUGAGCACCUAGGCCAAACCACUGGGACCGCCAUCCAGAAUGGACUGGUUCGGGGAAUAUUUGACAGCAAAAGACCUGCCGGUAUGACUUCCAGCCUCAGCCCUCAGAAUCAGAGGGUCAGACUGGAGUGGCGGCCAUUCGGGAGCCAGGUGUCAAGCGGGGGUUGUCCAGUCCCUUCCAAUACACCCGCCGCCAUCAAUGACUGCCAGUUGACACACAGCCAGCCUCCUGUGUUGAGCAGUGUAACCAACCACAUGUGACCAGCAAGAUGCUUGCUAAAUAGACUGGUGGGCCAGUAAGCAUUCCUGAACCAUCGU